UCAGUUUUCAACCUCAUCUCGUCUCGUACAGAUCGAUCGAGAGGAGAAAAAUGGUGUCGCUGAAACUACAGAAGCGGCUCGCCGCUAGCGUCCUUAAGUGCGGCAAGGGCAAAGUGUGGCUUGACCCCAAUGAAGUCGACGAACUUUCCAGAGCCAAUUCCCGUCAAAAUAUCAGGAAGCUGGUCAAGGAUGGUUUCAUCAUUAGGAAGCCAACCAAGAUUCACUCCCGAUCUCGUGCUCGCCGAAUGAAGGAGGCAAAGAGAAAGGGCCGUCACUCUGGAUAUGGUAAGCGCAAGGGUACUAGGGAGGCAAGGCUGCCAACUAAAGUUCUUUGGAUGAGGAGAAUGAGAGUGCUGAGGCGCUUGCUUCGCAAGUACAGGGAGUCAAAGAAGAUCGACAAGCACAUGUAUCAUGACAUGUACAUGAAGGUAAAGGGUAAUGUUUUCAAAAAUAAGCGUGUUUUGAUGGAGAGCAUCCACAAGUCUAAGGCUGAGAAGGCCAGAGAAAAGACCUUGUCUGACCAAUUCGAGGCUAAGAGAGCAAAGAACAAGGCUAGCAGGGAAAGAAAGUUUGCUAGGAGGGAGGAGCGCCUUGCUCAGGGACCGGGAGAGAAAGUAGCACCACCAGCAGCUGCAGCCCCUGCUCCUCCAUCCCAGGCUGCUCAGGGAACCAAGAAGGCAAAGAAGUGAACUUUUUGACUCUCAUUUUUAAGGAUUGGCGGAUUCGUAUUUAACUUUAUCCAUUUUUGUUUUUUUUUUCCUUUGUUAUUGACACAGUUCCAAGUAUUCAGACUUCUGUACUAAAUAUUUUCUUAUAACAAAAAAUUAGCUGUUUCCAGUUAAUAGACUAUUGAGAAAUCAUAUAACCGUGUUUCAUUUUA